UGUUCCCUGCCUUGCGGCCGACGUCCCUCUCUCGCCGCCGCCUGCUCUGCCUGCCAGCGGCCUUGCGGCGCACACCGCCGCCUUCUUCCCCUCCCUUUGCCCCCUCACUGGGGGUCACCGUUGAGACAGGAGAAGGAAAACCCUUAGAGAUCGUAAGUGAUUGAGUCCGACCAGUGACCGAGUCUUGGCCAGGUUGUUGCCCGGUACAGUUCCAAAAGCCAUGGUUUGACGUGAAGGGGAAAAGAUUCGGUAAAGAACGGAGCCGGAGGUGAAAUUGCAAGAUUUAUCGCUCCGUUUCACGAAGCUUUUUAGUAUAAUUCCUGUUAGAUCAAUCUUCUCUCGAGGGUAGUCGCAAAGCUGCAAUUUUACCACGGAUUUCAGCAUCUAGAUUUUACGGAAGGUCGAAGAUGUCUGCAAAAUGGCGUGCUUUGCAGCACCGGCACCGAUACACCUACAGUUCGGUCGUCUUUCCCAAACCCUUCGUGGAAGCUCUGAAACUUGUGCCCUCGGAAGUGUCCUCCUCCGAUUUCUUUGCACAGUUGAAUCGUUUGGUCUCCUUGAGCUCCAUCUACUCCCAGGUUGAAGCUGUCAAGGAUCUCGCUUCAGCAUUUUCUCGGUUACUUGCCUCCACUGGAAUUGCCGAUGACAUUGUCUCUGCCGCCACUCGGCUUUACCUUGAGAUCCUCUUCCUUGAGAAUUCACUGCCUCUUCAUCGGACACUGAUUUCUGCACUGGUGAAGAGCCAGAAGUUUGCAUCUGUGAUCAGUGGCUGUUUAUUGUCUCUCUGUGAGGAGUAUGGUGAUACGGGUAAGAAGGGAAGAAAACGGCUCUUGGUAUCCCGAGCUAUGCUAUCUUUGAUAAGCUACCCCAAGUUAGGAUUUUUGAAUGAAAUUGUGGAGAAAUGUUCUUGUCUGGUGGCCAUGGAUGUCGUUUCUGGAUUGGGGAGUGUGGUUUUGGAUGUAGAACAUGGGUCCCGCCCCUCGCCAGUAGUGAUGGAGCAAUGCCAGGAGGCAAUGUCAUGCUUAUACUACUUGCUUCAGCGGUACCCUACCAAAUUUGUGGGUUCAGAGGAGGCUUCUGUUAUUUUUAAGAGUGUCAUAGGAACUAUUUUAAGUAUUCUCAAGUCAUCAGCUUUUUCUCGGGACUGUUUGGUGGCUGCAGGUGUGAGCUUCUGUGCAGCAAUUCAGGCUUUUAUGAGUCCCAGAGAGAUCUCUUCUUUUAUUUCAAGAUGUUUCUUUGGUCAUAGUACAGAUGCUGGAUAUGUGGAUGUAAAGGAGCUAUUCCCUGAUGGAGAUUGGUAUGCAAGUAUCCAGGAAUUCUCAGUUUUGAGUAGGCUUUGUUUGCUUAGAGGAAUAUUGACAGUUGUUCCCAGGACUACACUCAACAUGCGUCUUGCUGAGUCGAGUAAUGGUUCAUUCCGGACCAUAUUGUACAAUGGAAUACUUCCUGAGCUCUGCAAGUACUGCGAGAACCCCAUGGAUAGCCAUUUCAAUUUUCAUGCCCUUACAGUGACGCAGAUUUGUUUGCAACAAAUAAAAACCUCCAUAUUGGCUGAUCUGACUGAUUUUUCUGGAGAUUACAUCCCUCUUUCUGAAGGUACAAUGAACCGUGUACUCAAGAUCAUAUGGAAUAAUCUUGAAGACCCGUUAAGUCAGACAGUCAAGCAAGUUCAUCUUGUCUUUGAUCUCCUCUUGGAUAUUGAGUCAUCUGUCCCACCAUUUGAAGGUAGCGAUAGGAAUAACCUAUUCCUGUACAAGAUUGCUAGGGAUCUCCUUCACUUAGGGCCUCGUUGUAAAGGUAGAUAUGUCCCCUUAGCUGCUCUCACCAAACGCUUGGGUGCGAAGACACUUUUAGAUUUGAAUCAUGACCUCCUUUUUGAGACUGCUUAUGCCUAUAUAGAUGAUGAUGUUUGCUGUGCUGCCACUUCAUUCUUGAAAUGCUUCCUUGAAUGCUUGCGUGACGAAUGUUGGAGCCAUGGUGGUAUAGAGAGAGGCUAUGAUGUGUUCAGGGAUCUCUGCUUGCCACCUAUAUUGUAUGGACUUGUAUCUGGUCAUUCGAAGCUCCGAUCAAACUUAAAUACUUAUGCUCUUCCAGUGGUUCUCGAGGUUGAUAUGGAUAGCAUAUUCCCAAUGCUUGCCUUUAUCUCUGUUGGAUCUAACAUAAGAGAAAAUGUCAUCGCUGAUCUAAAGAUUGAGCAAUGUGUAGCUGCAUUAGUUUCUUUGCUCAAGGUGUCACGUACACCUGCGCUUAUUGAGGGGGAUAUUGAUUUGGAACAUGACCUUGCACUAAAUAAUAGUUCUGAUCAUGUUGCAGUUGUAUGCGUAAAAGGAAUUAAUGUUAGAAUUCCAUCUGUAUGGUUCACUUUAGCACUAAAACAUGCUGAUGAUAGUCUGCGAAUAGAUGCUGCCGAGUCACUCUUCUUAAACCCCAAGACAUCUAGCCUACCAUCAACCUUUGAGCUCAGCUUGAUGAGAGUUGCUGUGCCACUGAAUAUGCGAUGUAGCUCGACAGCUUUUCAGAUGAAAUGGACAAGCCUAUUCAGGAAAUUUUUCACUAGAGUCCGAACAGCAUUGGAGAGGCAGGUCAAGCAAGGUUUUUGGCAGCCUGAUACAUCCUUCAAUGGUGAUGGAAAUGCUACUCAUGACUCUACUAGAGAUAUUGUGAUCCGUAGAGCAGAGGACCUUUUCCAAUUUAUGCAGUGGCUAAGUUGCUUUCUUUUUCACUCAUGUUAUCCAUCAGCUCCAUACGAAAGGAAAACAAUGGCCAUGGAACUUAUUUUGGUGAUGAUUGAUGUCUGGCCUAUAGUUAUGCCUCAAGGAACUCAACAUCUCUAUCCAUACAGUAAAGCCAUUACAUCACCAGAUGUGACACUUGCACUUGUAGGUUCUGUAAUUGAUAGUUGGGAUAGACUAAGAAUAAAUUCCUUCCGCAUUCUUUUAUGUUUUCCAACACCCCUUCCUGGAAUUUCAUCUAUUGAUUCAGUGAAUAUUCUGAUCAAGUGGGCGAAAAAGCUUGUCUGUAGUCCACGUGUUAGAGAAAGUGAUGCUGGUGCAUUGACUUUUCGACUCAUUUUUAAGAAAUACGUUUUGGGGCUUGGCUGGGAACUUGGAGUCUCUGAGAGAGCUAAUUGCCUCACUUCUCAACUGAAGAAAAUAAAUGGAGAUCUAGGCAUUCUUAAGUCGGGAGAUCCCAUCAUUAAAUACUUGUCAUCACUCAUUGAAUGGCUGUGUGCUGUCAUAGAAGAAGGUGAAAAAGAUCUCUCUGAAGCAUGUAGGAAGAGCUCUGUUCAUGGAGUUUUGCUCACACUUCGAUACACAUUUGAGGAGUUGGAUUGGAAUUCUGUGGGGGUUCAAUCAAGUAUUUCUGAUGUCAGGACUUUAAUGGAGAAGCUUCUUGACCUAAUUAUGCGAAUAACUUCUUUGGCUCUUUGGGUGGUUUCUGCAGAUGCGUGGUCUAUGCCUUAUGAUGUAGAUGAUGUAAUUGAUGAUUCUGUUUUUCUUCCAGAUCUAUCAUUUGAUGUGGAUCAGCCUGAUACAGUAUCAGAUCCAGGGGACAAAAUUUUGGCAUAUGAGGAUGUUACAAAAUCAGCAGAUCAAGUUGUUAUGGUUGGCUGUUGGCUUGCUAUGAAAGAGGUCAGUCUUCUUUUAGGGACUGUAAUUAGAAAAAUUCCAUUGCCUAGCUGCACGCUUUCAGAUUCGAUAAAUCAUGGUGUUGCCCCUAGAAGCUCCGAGGAAAUUGAGAUGUUAGCCUUGACUGAUGGAGUGCUUGAUCUGGUUCAAUUGGAGACCAUUGGGAACCAUUUUUUGCAAGUUCUUCUGAAAAUGAAGCAUAAUGGUGCAAUUGAUAAGACGAGGGCUGGCUUUACUGCUCUUUGCAACCGCCUCCUUUGCUCAAAUGAUCCAAGGCUUGUCAAAAUGACUGAACGUUGGAUGGAACAACUAAUGGAGAGGACCACUGUAAAGGGCCAAACAGUGGAUGAUUUACUAAGGAGGAGUGCAGGAAUUCCUGCGGCUUUCAUCGCUCUUUUCCUUUCAGAGCCAGAAGGAACACCAAAGAAGCUACUUCCUAGAGCAUUACGAUGGCUGAUAGGUGUUGCUAACAAAUCAUUGUCUAAUGGCUCUGAAGUUGGUUUCAGCCAGACAGAGAUAAUCUCCAAGGAGGGACCUGUAGGGUCUGAGAUCACUGAUGCAGGAUUGGAAGAUUCAACAACUCUACUUGCAAAUGCAAGGAACUCCAAGAUCCGAGAUGAGGGUGUGGUUCCCACAGUGCAUGCAUUUAAUGUACUAAGAGCUGCUUUCAAUGACACAAAUUUAGCUACAGAUACAUCAGGCUUUUGUGCUGAGGCUACGAUUGUUUCUGUACGCUCUUUCUCAUCUCCUUAUUGGGAGGUAAGAAACAGCGCUUGUCUUGCAUACACCACCCUGGUUCGUCGUAUGAUUGGAUUUUUCAACAUACAGAAACGUGAAGCAUCACGUAGGGCAUUGACUGGGCUUGAGUUCUUCCAUAGGUACCCAGCAUUGCAUGCUUUCCUUCUCAGUGAAUUAAAGAUUGCCACCGAAAUGCUUGGUGAUGGGUGCUCCAGGCACAUGGAAUCAAACAUUGCAAAAGUCAUUCAUCCAAGCUUGUGCCCAAUUCUUAUUCUCUUAAGCAGGCUAAAACCUUCUGUUAUUAGCAGUGCAACUGAUGAUGCUUUAGACCCCUCCCUAUUUAUGCCUUUUAUCCAGAAAUGUGCAACUCAGAGUAAUCUCCGAGUCCGUAUUCUUGCAUCGAGGGCUUUAACUGGCCUGGUAUCUAAUGAGAAACUGCAGAAUGUCAUUUGUGAGGUUGCUCAUGGUUUACCUCAUGGAAGACAUCAGAUGUCAAUGCCACUAUCACUUACUUAUGAUCUUCCUGGGUCAGCCAAAAUGUGCAAUGGACUUGGAAGUGUAGCUAACCGUGCUGCAUCUUUCAACUCAAUACAUGGACUUUUACUGCAGUUAUUUUCUCUUCUUGAUAACAACUGCAGAGACUUGACUGAUGUAUCCAAGAAAGAACAGAUUCUUGGUGAACUGUUCCAGGUGCUAUCCAAAUGUUAUUGGAUUGGCAGCACCCAGUCAUGCCCUUGUCCUAUUUUGAAUAGCUCAUACAUACGUGUUUUAGAUCUUAUGCUUGAUAUCACAAGAACAUACACAAGUCAACAUACCACAACUAUCAGAUCUUUGUUGCUUCAAUUAGCCUCAGGAUGCCUCGAUGCAGGAAAGUCUUCUUGGUUGACAUGGUAUGAUCCAACUAUUGUUGAACUCCGCAAGCAGGCAACUGCAUCCUAUUUUAGUUGCCUGUUGGGAAGAAAACAUGUAGUUUCAGAGGAGCUCAUCGAGCUAUGGAAUGUUUCUGCAACCAGUUCAAUUAUUCAAGAGGUGCUUGAAACCGAGACAUCUGUGUCUGAACUUCAGCAGAAGAUAAUGUCCUGCGUUCUUGAUCCUACUUAUGAAGUUAGACUUGUGACGCUGAAAAAGCUUCUUGAGCUAGUCAUGUCUCUUAUGCCUAGCCCCAAGAGUGGAGUUAUUUAUACAUGGGCCAAGUCCAAUCUGCACUCGAUGCUGAUUAAGUUGUUGCCUAUGGAAGAGAACCCAAAAUGCAUCUAUUAUGUACUGAAGAUAUUUUUUAACUGGAAUCUUCUGCAACUUGAGAAACCAACCGGUUUGAAAUGCAGUAUCACUGAGGAUUGUGAUUUUUAUUUCCAUUUCUGGGACAGGUUGAUCCAUUUAUACAGUUCAGUGAAGCGUUCAAAGACUCGAGAAAUUACUCUGUGCUGCAUGGGUUUAUGCAUAAAGCAGUUUUUGGGUUUGAUUACAUUCAUUGAUCAGCAUGAGGUAAUGGAAGAGACUGCUGUUGGUUCUAGCAAAAUCAAUCAAUCUGAGUGGUGGGCCAGAGCCCUUAGAAGCAUUGACUAUUUUGUUUGCCUAGUUAACCGUCAUAGUGCACCAUCUGAGCCUGUGAACAUGCGGAAGGCAGCUGCAGAAGCCAUAAUAGCUUCAGGAAUGCUUGCAGAGGCCAUGUCAGUUACUUCAGUCGUGUCUAACAGCCAUUUCACAUUUGAAGAAACCUCCAUUAUCGACAUUGAGAAGAAAAUUUUCCAGUCUGAGAUGCCUGAAGUCAUUAACUUUUAUGCUUGCAAGAUACUAGAUUUAUGGUUCACAUGUAUCCAGCUUUUGGAGGAUGAGGAUAAUGGGCUUAGGCAAAGGCUUGCUAAGGAUGUCCAGACUUGCAUUAGUUCCAAAGCAACAAACGGCUCUUACACAGAUGCUGCACCUACUCAAGUGGAUAGAGUAAUCGAGUUGAGCAUUGAUUUCCUCUCUUCAUUAUUUGGCCAUUGGCUGGGAUACCUGAAUUACCUAGCAAACUUGGUCUUGAGCACAGCCAGUUCUGUGAGUUCCCAGGGAGAUCUAGUUAGACGGAUAUUUGACAAGGAAAUUGAUAACCACCAUGAAGAAAAGCUUUUGAUAUGUCAGUUCUGUUGUUUGCAUUUAGAGAAUCUCUCAGUUCCAAAAUCUAGUGAGGUUCAAGUUCGUCCUGAAGUCCUCAGUGAGAGCAGCAUCCAAAAGUUCUCAUCGAUUUGGAGAUUAAGAUUUCUACAGCUGUUGAUAUCAUUUGUUAACAGCUGUCUUGAAAAUGAGGGGAUAACAGACUGGAUUGGAGGCAUAGGUAAUCACAAGGAUGCUUUUGUAUCUUUGUAUACAAAUCUUCUUGGCCUCUAUGCACUCUCACAGCAGCCAUAUGGAGUGCUCAAUUCAUGUUCAACAGAUAGUCAUAAGCUUUACUUGUCAGAGUUCACUCAACUUGAAGGGAUAAUCAAACCUUUUCUUAGGAAUCCUUUAAUUUCUGACUUGUAUAAUUUGGUGAUACAAUCACAUGAAAAUAUGCUUGGAGCAUUGCAUACCCAACAACACCAAGGACACUUUUUAUCGAAGGAUGGUUUUGAUCCUUAUUUUCUUAUAAGAUGACAACUCGUGUGAGUUAUUCUUUUCCAGGUGGCAGUAAUCUUUGAAGCAUAAAAAGCGUCAAUUGUUUUUGGAGUAGAUUUGGUAAAACUUCUCAAGUAUAUUUUGUUUGAUGUACUUGCUGUUCUCUUAGAUAAGAGUUAUAGUGGCCAAUUAGAUAUCCUUCCAUAAUUUUUACUCUGUACACAUAGAUGGGCCAAUGUACAACUAAUUUCUGUUUUUGAGAAAUAGCAAUGAGUUGCAUGUCAUACCAAUUGCUGUA